AUGGUAAUUAAAAAUUACGUAGCAAAAUUCACGUUAAUAUUCCUAUUCCACCAUGUGUUGAGUGAUGAUUUGAAAAGGAGCUUAACAUUUGUGAUUGAUGAUACUUAUUCCAUGUCUGAUGACAUAAAUCAAGUUAAAAUUAAAACUAGUGAUGUUUUUAAUGCAGUGCUGAAUUCGAAGGCAUCAGAAAUUGAGGACUUCGUUUUGGUCACUUUCAACGAUCCAGAUGUUGAACUAAGAACAAAAACAAUAGAGGAAAAAGUAUUCAGAGCAAGACUAAAUGAUAUUUCUGUUCAUGGGGGCGAUGAUUGCCCUGAGAUGUCAUUGACAGGAAUAAGCUUAGGGAUUGAUGAGAGCAGGCCAUACUCACUGUUUUAUGUUUUCACUGAUGCUACUGCGAAAGACAUACUUUUGUAUGACGAGGUUCAAAGAAAAGCCCUAAAGAAAUUCAUACAGGUAACAUUCUUACUGACGGGAGAUUGUAAUGAGAGGAAUAGUCCUAAUUACAAUGUAUACAAGAAACUCGCUAAGGCCACAGGAGGCCAGGUGUUCAAUAUCGCAAAGGACGAAGUACAAAAUAUAUUGAACUUUGUAAUUGAAUCAAUUAAAGAUAAGAGAGUAAAACUUUACAAUCGAAACUUUCCAGCUGGUGAUGAUGAAAAAAUAACAAAACAAAUGCCUUUUUCAGUUGAUAGCAAAGUGCAGUCUCUUACACUGUCUCUUGUGGGUAAGGAUGCUCAUAUUGUUGUGAAAGAUUCGAAAGGAAAUGAAGUAAAAGUAGAACUUAUUAUGGAUUCUAAGGAAACUUACAUAAUUAAAAUGAGUCCAGCAGUGCCCGGUGAUUUUACAGCUGUAAUAGAAAGCACCGGCGAAUCAACUCUAGAUAUUAAGGCAUCUACUGACGUAUCAUUUCAAUAUGGAUUUUUAGUAAUACCACCGACAACUGUUGAAGAUUGCAAAAAGGCUGUUCCUAGGCCCGUAGCAGGUGAAAAAACACAUCUAAAUAUAGAGUUAUCUUAUAAUGGAAAUGAUGUGGAAUUACAAUCGGCCGAAAUACUGGACUUGAAAGGAAAUUUAUUAGAAAAAAAGCCGCUACGCAUAAUUAAAAAGGGAGACAACUUUUAUGUGACAGACGAGUUUAUUUCACCAAGUCACAUGUUUAGAAUCGCUGUAAAUGGAAUCGUUACAUCAACAAAAGAAAACAUCAGAAGAGAUGCCAUAACAGCUGUUGAGCCUUGGAACAAAAAAACUAGUGCGGGAGCUGGCAGUGAAAAAGAAGUUAAGCCAAUAAUAGAGGAAUUGAAGAUCACAAACGAUGAGAAAAACUCAAAAAUUCAAAUAGCCUGUAAUGUUGAAGGUUUUCCUGAACCCGAUAUUCUUCUGUCUGAUGCUGCUGGCGUCUUUUAUAUUGGCAAUAAAAUAUCAAUCGACGUAUCAUCAUUCGUCAGUAUAUUUGAAACAACGAACGACCAAGACAAUAUUUUUAAUUGUAAAGCAACUAAUUCGAUGGGACUUGACGAGAAAUCGAUUGAUUUUAAAACUUUGUUAGAAGCUCCGAAGAUCGAUACAUCUAUCAAUGAGUAUUUUGAAGCGAGGGGGCAAAGUCUUGACAUAUUUUGCAGGGUCACAAAAGGAAAACCAAAGCCUUCAAUCACAUGGUUCUACAAACAUCCAUCAUCGAAUAAAUUUACGAAAUUGCCCACUACCGGAAAAACGUUUCAUAUAAACAAAUUGGGUAUGGGCAAUACUGGUUUAUACAAAUGUAAGGCUAAUAAUCCGAAAGGAUUCGACUCAGCCGACAUACAAGUAUAUGUCCUAUAUCCCCCAUACAUCAGCACGGCUUCAGAAAAAGUUUCUGUCAUAGUCGGAGAGCCUGUUACGAUAGACUGUGAUGUUAGUGGUUUACCUUCACCCAAGGUGCGAUGGUUAUACGAAGGGCGGGAAAUCACAAGCGGUGGGCGGUACAACAUUUACAGAAAUCUUACGUUAAGUUUCAUUGCAACUGAUAGCGACACGGGCGCGUACAAAUGUGAAGCAUCGAAUAGCCUUGGCGACGCAAAUAGAGAGGUGCAUGUGGAUGUCAACGUUUUUAUUCCAGCAUCAAUAAAGUCACCUCUUACACGCGUUUAUGAAUUGGAUGUCGGAAGUAGCGUAAGUUUGGACUGUGUCGCCGAAGGUACACCAAAACCAACAGUCGAAUGGUUGUAUAAGCCUUUCCUUGGUUGCUGUGAGAAAAUAAUAAGCGCAACCUUUGAUAAUAAUACAUAUGCGAUGGACCACAUGUUAGUCGAACAGGCGGGUUAUUACAUUUGCACAGCACAGAACAGCAAAGACGAUGUCAAAUUAUACUAUGAAGUUUAUGUUGAAGCUCCGCCAUCGAUUGUGAAUAAUUUGAUUUCGAGAAAAUUGACGGCUGUUGUUGGAGAUUUAUCUUUUCAAAUACCUUGUAACGCCUCCGGACAUCCGAAACCAGACAUUUUAUGGAUGAAAGAUGGAUUACCUCUUGCUCUAGGUACAAAUUAUUUUGUCGAAAAUGGAACAUUAAUAAUGAGAGACAUAGAUAUUGCUUUUGCGGGUAGUCUGAUCUGCAUAGCGACAAACAAGUAUGGGAGUGCAAGUGAGACAUUUGAAGUUGACGUUUUAACAUCACCAGAGCUAGAAGUGACGACAAACGAACUGUGUAUAAAUAAAGACAAAAUAAGUGAUAUCGAAUGUAAAUUGCCUCAUAGUAAAUUGGACUUAGUGCGAUGGUAUAAGGGUAAAAGUUUACUACCGGACACCACUUUGAGUUUGUUUGGAAGACUGACCGAAUCAGACGUAUACACAUGCAGAGUCAGCAAUUUUCUUGACUCUAAGAGUUAUCAAAUCAAGAUCUUUGUUUGCUCAGCUCCAGAGUUUGCUACGAACGAGCUUACAACGAUCGAUUACGUGGAAAACAAUGAUGUGUUCCUUAGUUGUAAGGCGAUAGGCUACCCUACACCACAGGUGGUGUGGUAUCACAAUGACCGAAAAUUACGCAAGACGGAUCAAUAUAUAUAUACAAAAGAUCUCGGGACAUUCACCUGUGAAGUGAGGAAUGCGUUUGGAGAAAUCACGCGUACUUUUAACAUUGUAGCUCCUAAUUGUACACUAGAUGUCAGGAGUUAUUUUGCGAAACCAGAACCUUUAUUGUUAACCAGAACAAGAUAUAUACCAAGAUUUGAUGUUGUCGAUUAUAAAGUUAACAUACCCAAAAGUGAAACUGUUUUCUUGCACUGCCGAAACAGCUACGUCGAAUAUCACGGAAAAAACUUGGGUGAAUCCAUCAACGCAGUAUGUGACAAAGAUUCCAUUUUUAAAACCACUAAUCAAGACAUAGACUAUAGAGAUGUAAAGUGUCACGAACCCGUUAAAGCCUCUUUUAGAAACACGCGCAUCAAAUGCAGCUUUGCCUCAAGAAGAAAUACAAUAAUUAUGAUUGGUUAUGAAGUAAACACACAGUUUCUGCCCAUCUAUGAAGUAUGCUUUAACAUAGACACAAGAGUGCCGAUAUAUAUUCGAAACUUUAUACACAAAUCUUGCAGUAACGUAGCGCCAUCUAUAAACUUUGAAGGCGAUAGCUACAUGCAAUUUGAUUUUGAUUCCUUGUAUGACUGUGACAAGCAAAAGAACGAUAUUAUAUCCAAAUCUACUUGGACGGACUUUUAUAGAAAGGGUGGAUGUUUUGAAAAACAACAGAUGGUCAAUCCCAAGGAUUUGUUUCCCGGAAUGCAAGCAAUUGCUUUCAAAUAUAUAAACGUCGAGCCUCAAUGGAGUCACUAUAAAGUGAAUUGGGGUGAAAUUGAACGUCGUGUAUUUGAAUUGAAAAAGACAUUGGAUCACGGACUUCUUGUAUGGAGUGGAGUUUCAGGACAACUGUCCUUGCCUACUUCGUUUGGAGUUACGACUAAUAUUGCUAUAUCUGAUAGAUAUGGGCGUUCAAUAGCAGUGCCAAAGUAUUUCUGGAAGAUUGUUUGCGAUGCGGAAAAGGAGGCAUGCGUCGUUAUAGUUCAAGUGAAUAGUCCAGAAAUCUCUUCACGGGAAGAUGCUGAGAAAUUCGUGCUCUGCAAAGACAUUUGUGACGGUGUCAGUUGGCUGAAAAACCCUGAUUGGAAAGACUACACGAAGGGCUACACAUAUUGCUGCACUUACCAAGAAUUCCAUAAAAAAUUCAACGGUAUUUGCUUUGUUAAAGACGUGAAAAGAGUUUUAGUUUAA